AUGUUUCUGCGCUUGUCCGUCGUCAUGGGAGUUUUUGGAGUUCUCGGGGACAACCCUUGCCGCUACUGUAUAAUUCCAGAUCCCCCGCAAUCAACUUCAGUAAGUGGAUGUCUCUUUGAGAUUUGCCCCAAGGAAGUCAACUCCACUCUUCCUUCUGUUGCACGAAUCGGAAGUAUAGCCUAUCACUUAUUAUUUGUUAUGAAAGCUGUUGGUAUUUUGCGUUUGUCAUGGGCGGCGCUUGUCACUCAAAGGAAUCUGGCCUUUGGAAUCCAGUACCACGAGGUCGGUGUGGAUGUGCUAUCCGGCAUGCAUGUUGUUGAUCUGUUAACCACGCGAGUUUUGUGA